UGAAGGGUUGGUAUAUGAGGAGGUAGCACCCACUACCUGCCCUCAGGUGCCCUCCAUACGGUGAUAACGUCAGUGGUGUGCUCUCGUGCCUGUGCAGGGAAGGUUACUGUAAGUAAAUUCAGAGCCAUUAUCUGAGUCUGACUAGAGCAGCAGCUUGUAACUCUCCGUCACCAACAUGCCAGGCCACAUCGUGAAGAGCACAGGUCCUGACCCGGAUCCCACUGAAUAUUUGUUCGUCUCCAUGGAACAGAAAAGGGUAGACCAAACUAAACCUUACGAUGCCAAGAAGUCCUGCUGGGUACCUGACGAAAAAGAAGGCUUCGUCGAAGGGGAGAUCCAGGGCACGAAAGGAGACUUAGUUACUGUUUAUGCUAAAGGUGAGACAAAGAACUUUAAGAAGGACCUUGUGGCUCAGGUCAACCCUCCCAAGUAUGAAAAGUGUGAAGAUAUGUCCAACUUGACCUACCUUAAUGACGCCUCUGUCCUCUACAACCUGAAGACUCGUUACGUCGCUAAGCUCAUCUACACCUACUCUGGUCUCUUCUGUAUCGCUGUCAACCCCUACAAGCGCUACCCCAUCUACACCAACCGUGUGGUCAAGAUCUACCAGGGCAAGAGGCGAAAUGAGGUGCCUCCCCACAUUUUCGCCAUAUCUGACGGUGCCUACAUGGCUAUGUUGCAACUUGGCGAGAACCAGUCUAUGCUUAUUACUGGUGAGUCUGGUGCUGGUAAGACUGAGAACACCAAGAAGGUACUCUCCUACUUCGCCAACGUCGGCGCCACCACCAAGAAGAAGGAGACAGAGAAGAAGCAGAACCUGGAGGACCAGAUCAUCCAGACCAACCCUAUCCUGGAGGCCUUCGGUAACGCAAAGACCACCCGUAACGACAACUCCUCCCGCUUCGGUAAAUUCAUCCGCAUUCACUUCAUGCCUUCUGGCAAGCUGUCUGGAGGUGACAUUGAGGUCUACCUGCUGGAGAAGGCUCGUGUUAUCUCCCAACAACCCGCCGAGCGUUCCUACCAUAUCUUCUAUCAACUAAUGUCUGAUCACGUACCUUGGAUAAAGCCAACGUGCCACCUGAGCAAUGACAUCUACGACUACCACUACGUGUCUCAGGGUAAAGUCACAGUCGCCUCCAUAGACGACAAAGAAGAGAUGCAGUUCACUGAUGAAGCUUUCGAUAUUCUUGGUUUUUCAAGAGAAGAGAAGGAGAAUGUAUACAAGGUGACAGCUGCCGUCAUGCACAUGGGUGAGAUGAAGUUCAAGCAGAGGGGUCGCGAAGAGCAGGCUGAGCCUGACGGUACCGAGGUUGGAGAGACUGUUGGAAAGUUGCUGGGCGUUGAUGGAAUGGACCUUUACAAGAACUUGUGCAAGCCCAAGAUUAAAGUCGGUGCCGAAUUUGUAACCCAAGGAAGAAACGUGAAUCAAGUGUUUUACUCGGUCGGGGCUCUAUCUAAAGCCCUGUUCGACCGGGUUUUUAAAUACUUAGUCAAGAAGUGCAACAUUACGCUCGAGACCGGCCUCAAACGCCAUUGUUUCAUCGGUGUGCUCGAUAUUGCUGGCUUCGAAAUAUUUGACUUCAACGGCUUCGAGCAGAUCUGCAUCAACUUCUGUAACGAGAAGUUGCAGCAGUUCUUCAACCAUCACAUGUUUGUGCUGGAGCAGGAAGAGUACAAGAGGGAAGGUAUUGACUGGACCUUCGUGGACUUUGGUAUGGAUCUUCAGGCCUGCAUUGAGCUCUUCGAAAAGCCUCUAGGUCUUCUCUCAAUCCUCGAAGAAGAGUCUAUGUUCCCUAAGGCAACUGACAAAUCCUUCGAGGAGAAGUUGAAAGCGAAUCAUCUUGGCAAGUCACCUAACUUCAUCAAGCCCAAGCCUGCGAAACCCGGACAGGCUGAAGCCCACUUUGCCAUCGUUCACUACGCUGGUACGGUGCCCUACAACUUGACUGGCUGGCUGGAGAAGAACAAGGAUCCCCUCAACGACACCGUCGUCGACCAGAUCAAGAAAGCCACCAAUGCUCUCGCUGUUGAGGUCUUCUCAGAUCAUCCAGGCCAGUCUGGUGGUGCUGAUGCUGGGAAAGGUGGUCGUGGUAAGAAGUCUGGUGGGUUUUCGACUGUGUCUUCUGGAUACAGGGAGCAGCUGGGUAACCUGAUGAGGACUCUCAACGCCACAUCACCUCAUUUCAUCCGUUGCAUCGUCCCCAACGAGACUAAGUCACCUGGUGUGACUGACGCGGCUCUGAUCAUGCAUCAACUCACCUGUAACGGUGUACUUGAGGGCAUCAGGAUCUGUCGCAAAGGCUUCCCCAACAGGAUGUUGUACCCUGACUUCAAGCACCGAUACUGCAUUUUAGCUUCUAAAGCUAUGACCGAGGCCUCGACUGAAAAGGAAGCAGCAAAAGUUUGUUUAGAGGCCAUUGAACUGAAUAAGGAAUCAUAUCGUCUGGGUCACACUAAGGUGUUCUUCCGUGCGGGAGUCCUGGGUAGCUUGGAGGAGAUCCGUGACGACCGUCUGGCCAAGGUUCUCUCCUGGUUACAGGCAUUUAUCCGUGGCUUCAACAGCCGCAAGGCCUUUAAGAAACUCCAGGAGCAGCGCGUUGCUCUCUGCAUUGUUCAGCGAAAUAUCAGAAAAUUCAUGAAGCUCCGCAACUGGGCAUGGUAUCGCAUGUGGCAGAAGGUGAAGCCACUGCUCAAUGUCACACGCAUCGAGGAUGAAAUCCGCGCCCUAGAGGAGAAGGCUGCCAAGGCCCUGGAAGACUAUGAACGUGAGGCCAAACUUCGCAUUGAACUCGAGGCUGCCAACCUUGCUCUCCUCGAAGAAAAGAAUAACCUCUUGGUUGCUCUUGAAUCAACCAAGGGUAACGUGUCUGAAUUCCUGGACAAACAAGCCAAGUUGCAGAGCCAGAAGGCAGAUCUUGAAGCUCAGCUCAAUGAAACUACUGAGCGUUUACAACAAGAAGAGGAGGCGCGAAACCAACUUUUCCAGGGCAAGAGAAAGGUUGAGCAGGAAAUCACUAGUUUAAAAAAAGACAUCGAAGACCUUGAACUCACCAUUCAAAAAUCAGAACAAGAUAAAGCAACUAAAGAUCACCAAAUCCGCAAUCUCAGCGAUGAAAUUGCCCAUCAGGAUGAACUUAUCAACAAAAUCAACAAGGAGAAGAAGCACCUUCAAGAGUGCAAUCAGAAGACCACCGAGGAUCUUCAGGGUAUUGAAGACAAGUGCAACCACUUGAAUAAAGUGAAAACUAAGCUCGAACAAACUCUUGACGAGCUCGAGGACUCCCUCGAUCGGGAAAAGAAACUUCGUUCUGAAAUUGAAAAAGCCAAGCGGAAAGUAGAGGGCGACCUGAAACUGACCCAAGAGUCUGUUGCAGAUUUGGAGCGCAAUCACAAAGAGCUGGAACAGACGAUCCAGCGUAAAGACAAGGAAAUAUCUUCGCUUGCCAACAAGCUGGAAGAAGAGCAAGGCUGUGUUGUUAAGGUUCAGAGACAAGUCAAGGAAUUGCAGUCCCGAAUCGAAGAGUUAGAAGAAGAGGUUGAACACGAGCGACAAGCUCGCGCUAAGGCAGAGAAAUCCAAGACUCACCUUGCUCGUGAGCUGGAAGAGCUGGGGGAGCGUCUAGACGAAGCUGGUGGUGCUACUGCUGCUCAGAUAGAUCUGAAUAAAAAGCGCGAGGCUGAGCUUAUUAAACUUCGCCGCGACCUGGAAGAGUCUAAUAUUCAACAUGAAUCUGCACUGGCUAGUCUACGCAAGAAACACAACGAUGCCGUGGCUGAAAUGUCUGAACAAAUUGAUCAUCUAAAUAAGAUGAAAGCCAGGAUGGAGAAAGAUAAGGACAGUCUUAAGCGUGAUGCUGAUGAUGCCAAGUCUGCCAUGGACGGCCUCACGCGGGAUAAGGCCGUAGCUGAGAAGACAAACAAGCAGAUACAGCACCAGAUGACCGAGCUUCAGGCUAAGCUUGACGAAGCCAACCGAACACUCAAUGAUUUCGAUGCUGCCAAGAAGAAACUGGCGGUGGAGAACGCUGACCUCUUGCGUCAGGUGGAGGAAGCAGAGAGCCAAAAUGGGCAACUAUCAAAAAUAAAGCUUUCUCUCACAAAUCAGCUGGAAGACACUAGGAAGCUUGCAGAUGAGGAGAGCAGGGAACGAGCUACACUUCUCGGGAAGUUCCGUAACCUGGAACACGACAUUGAUGGUCUGCGAGAACAACUUGACGAAGAGAGCGAAGGUAAAGCUGACUUACAACGCCAGCUAUCCAAGGCGAACGCUGAAGCCCAGAUGUGGCGGGCUAAAUACGAAUCUGAGGGUGUUGCUCGAGCUGACGAGCUGGAAGCUGCUCGCUUGAAGCUUGUUGCUCGUCUUGAUGAAGCCGAGCAACAGAUAGAGCAACUAAACAUUAAAAAUAUGAAUUUAGAAAAGAGCAAGCAACGCCUGUCUACCGAGCUCGAGGAUAUGCAGAUCCAGGUUGAGCGUGCUCAGACUUUAGCAAAUGCUGCAGAAAAGAAACAGAAGAACUUCGACAGGAUUAUUUCAGAAUGGAAGAUGAAGGUUGACGAUCUCGCGGCUGAACUCGAUGGUUCUCAAAAGGAGUGCCGUAAUUAUUCCACUGAGCUCUUCCGCGUUAAGGCUGCAUACGAAGAGAACCUUGACCAGCUCGAUACCGUCCGAAGAGAGAACAAGAACCUGGCCGAUGAAAUUAAGGACUUGAUGGAUCAGAUUGGAGAAGGUGGUCGAUCUCUUCAUGAGAUUCAGAAGAAUGCUAAGCGGCUGGAGAUCGAGAAGGAAGAGCUGCAAGCUGCACUUGAAGAAGCUGAGGCUGCGCUGGAACAAGAGGAGAACAAGGUGCUCCGAGCUCAGUUGGAGCUUAGUCAAGUACGGCAGGAGAUUGAUAGACGCAUCCAGGAGAAAGAAGAAGAGUUUGACAAUACAAGAAAAUGUCAUCAGCGGGCAAUAGACUCGAUGCAAGCAUCGCUAGAGGCAGAAGCUAAAAGCAAGGCUGAAGCUUUACGUAUGAAGAAAAAGCUUGAAUCUGAUAUUAAUGAACUUGAAAUUGCUCUUGACCACACGAAUAAGGCCAAUUCUGAUCUGCAGAAGCACAUCAAGAAGAUGCAAGGUGAAAUGAAGGAUAUGCAAUCCCAUAUCGAAGAGGAACAACGACUUGCUUCGGAAUACCGUGAACAGUACGGAAUUUCUGAGCGUCGUGCGAAUGCUUUGAACGGGGAGUUGGAGGAGUCACGGACCCUUCUUGAGCAAUCUGAUCGCGGACGCCGCCAGGCUGAAGCAGAGCUGGCCGAAGCACAUGAACAUAUGAACGACCUUACUGCUCAGAACAAUUCUCUUACCAUAGCUAAGAGGAAACUGGAAGGCGAGAUGCAAACUCUGCAUGCCGAUCUUGAGGAAAUGCUGAACGAAGCCAAACACUCCGAGGAGAAGGCUAAGAAGGCCAUGGUUGACGCCGCUCGCCUGGCUGACGAACUCCGCGCUGAGCAGGAACACGCCCAGACCCAGGAGAAGUUGCGCAAGGCCCUCGAAGUUACAACCAAGGAGCUCCAAGUUCGUCUUGAGGAAGUAGAAAGCAACGCUUUCAAGAGCGGCAAGAAAGCUUUAGGUAAACUGGAAAGCCGCGUUCGCGAGCUAGAGAGUCAGCUUGACGAUGAGUCUCGCCGUCACUCUGAUGCCCAGAAGAACCUGAGGAAGUGUGAGAGGCGCAUCAAGGAGCUCACCUUCCAGUCCGACGAGGACAAGAAGAACCACGAGAGGAUGCAGGACCUUGUUGACAAGCUGCAACAGAAGAUCAAGACCUUCAAGCGCCAGAUCGAGGAGGCUGAGGAGAUCGCCGCUCUCAACUUGGCCAAGUUCCGCAAGGCCCAGCAGGAGCUGGAGGAGGCUGAAGGUCGCGCAUAAUGUACCUUCACUUUGUUCAAGAGACGAGCAUGUACAAGUUAUAUAUUUUGAUUAGUAGUAACUCAGAAGAUUAUAAUAAUAAGAAGCAGUAAAGUGUAAUAUACAUCUACGUCGAAUAAUGAUAGUUAUGACAUUAAAUAUUUUAUCUCAUUUGUAAUACAACUGCCGAGAUAUAAAAUUAUUAUAGUUAAUUAUAAUAGGCGUAUAUAGUAUAGCCAAAGAUGCUCCACAUUUUGUAAAUUGUUGUACGAAAUUAAAUAGCCGAAAUUAUCACGAGAGAAAAUCAGAAUCUACACACAUUUAAAUACAUGCGUAGUACAGUAUGUCAUGUUCUUAAUAAAUUAUUAA